AUGAAUUGGUUACGAACAGCUGCGUCAGCGUAUUCACACGUAACUGCUGAUCCUGAAUGGCCAAAGUAUGAGAUUCUGGAAAGUAAUAAGGUUUAUGAAAAGCGACGAUAUCAACCAUUUACCUGUGCAGCUUAUGCAUUUACAGCUACUGUUGGCGAUGAACCUGUUAUGUCAAAUCUAUGGAAAUUAGUAAAAUAUACUCAGGGUGGCAAUGUCGAUGGUAAAACAUUGAUAAUGUGUCUUCCAAUUAUGGUCAAAGUCCGUCCUUCGACAUCAAAUGACAGAGAGAACCACUUUACGCUGUUACUCAUUCUUGAUAAAGAUAUUCAUAAUAGUUCAGCACCGAUUCCAAACAUCGAUGGUGUAUUCAUUUAUCAACAACCGGAACGAAUUUUCUAUGCGAAACGUUUUGGCGGUUUUGCAAAAGAAGCAGAUUGGAAGCGAGAAAGUCAGAGCAUAUUAGAUAUAUGCAAAGAUUUUGCAAUCAAUCGUGAAGAAGUUAUUUCUGCAACGUAUGACAUGCCAACGAAACUGGUCAAUCGGCAUAAUGAAGUUCUAGUUAGUGAAUUGAUUGAAAACAAAGAGAACGAACCAACCGAUCCGGUGUCGGAUAAAUGA